AUGAGCUCUUCUACCGCUUCUCUGGCCGACUCCAUCUCCUUUUCCUCCGGGUCGGAGCCCGAAGAAAGUCCUCCUCCACCCCCCACCGCUACCGCUACCGCAGCGCAGACGUCGCCACCAAACCAGCAGCGACAAAGACCCGCUCAACCACCACGCCUUCCCUCUCCCAGACUCUUUCGCGAUUUCUUUAAUGCCAUGUCAGAUACGGCCUCGCGCAGGCAGGCAACUCUCCCACGCACAAACUACCAAGACCCGGUCCACGACGUCAACCGAGCGCUUCAGAGCGCGAAUCGAGCCCUGCAAACCGCACAAGAAGCAUUUCACCAGGCUAGAAGACUGCGAGCAGCUUCUGGGCCGCAGCCAGAGGCCAACAGCCAGCCGGUCGAUUUGACGAGUAGUCCGCCUGACCGGUCCGCCGAAGCUCGCUUCUUCUCGCAAACCACACAUCCUCACGACUCGGCGUCCAACAGCCAGCGAUCGAGACGAUUCAACGCACUUGACGAACCCGUCUACGGCCCUCCUCCGAAUAUCCCCCUCCUCAACCCGUCCGAUCCCUUGACCCUCGUCAGGCUCUGGCCUGUCUCUGCCCCGAAUCCGCCGCGGUUGCCGCAUCCCGACCAGACCGUCAGACUCCAGUCUAUGGUGGACGAAGAAGCGAUCAACCGGCAGCGAGAAAAUCAUACAAACUGGGAGCGCACACAGGCCAGGAAUCAGCAGCGUCUACAGAACCCUGCCUCCACCGCCAUGUCUCCUCCGUCGUCGUCGGCCUCUUCCUCGAAAACGACCAGACCCCGCCCGCUUGGCCCCAGUGCAGCCUUGAAUCCUGCAAUUGAAUCUGUCGAUCUUACGGGUGUCGACGACAAUGCAACACUCUCGGCGGCGCUGGCCAAACAGCGCCAGGAUGCCAUUCUAUCACAAAACACAGGCAACGAAUCCGGCCGAACGCCAUUAACGGCCUACAAGUGUCCUGUCUGCAUGGACACGCCGACCGACGCCACGUCCACGGCCUGUGGCCAUGUCUUCUGCCAUCGCUGUAUCAUGGACACGCUCAAUUGGUCGGUCGAACAACGCCGUGAGGGUGCACCUCCCAAUCGAAAGGUGAAGGGCGUCUGCCCCGUCUGUCGAAAGCAACUGGAUGUCAAAGACACUCCUGGGACCGGCAGGAGUCUGAUACCACUAGAACUCAAAUUGAUGGUGCGGAAGCGGAAAAGGGAUGACAAGGGCAAGGCGAAGAUGUUCAAGGCCGAAACCCUGAGUGAUGACGAUGACGACGAGGGCCGCGAUGAUCGACUAGGCAGUGGGAAGGAGAAUGUUCGAGCAGGCAAGGCUAGGAAGAGGGAGUCGACAGAAGAAGCGCUCUGGGGACAGUUCAUGGCUGAUUGA